UAAGCCUCGGAGGAGAGAGCGUGGCCCAAUUCCCACUUCUAUAGUUCCUACACAUCUCCUUCUAGAACGUAGAGUACUUUCCACGGCAGCACGUCUUCUCCGCGUACCCCUACCCCUACGCGAUGGCAUCUGAGAUCUGACUAAAGCAGUUGAGCCCAGCGCGCGAAAGCAACCACGGAACCACCCAACACGCCAUGCAUACACAACUGCUGGUCAGUGGUCGUUACUCUGGUCACUGUAACUGUAAAAGGUCCGAUCAUUGAGCAUGCUGCCUUCAUGCACUAGAAUACCAAACCCACACACUCACAAGUCGCCCAUAGGCUCGCGCGAACGCCAUUUGUUGCACACCACGACUCGACGGCACUGAUUAUACCAAUACCAACAACCCAUAUCUCAUCCAUGGCAGUCAUCACCGUGAUGCUCCUCCUCGUCCUCGCCGCCGCCGCCGCCGCCGUCGUCGCGGCGCCGGCGGCAUCUGCGGCUGCUGGCGGAGGCGACAAGGAGACGCACAUCAAGCUGUACUGGCACGACGUGGUAAGCGGCGCGAGCCCGACGGUGGUGGAGGUGGCGCGCGCCGCCAUGACCAACACCUCCAAGAGCUUGUUCGGCGCCGUGAUGGUGAUCGACGACCCGCUCACCGAGGGCCCCGACCUCCUCAACUCCUCCUCCGCCGCGGCCGGCGGCGGCGGACUCCUCGGGCGCGCGCAGGGCACGUACAUCAGCGCCGGCAAGGACGAGGUGUCGCUCAUGAUGAACAUGAACUUCGUGUUCCAGGCGGGAAAGUACAACGGCAGCACCGUGGCCAUCAUGGGCCGGAACGCCGUGUUCGACGCCGUCCGGGAGAUGGCCGUCGUCGGCGGCACCGGCGUGUUCAGGAUGGCGCGCGGGUACGCGCAGGCACGGACGCACACCUUCGACCUCAACACCGGCGACGCCACCGUCGAGUACAACCUCUACAUCAGGCAUUGAUUAAUUAUCAAGUGCAUGCUAGUAGCUCGGUCUCGAUCCACGUAUGUCGGCAUUCUUUUGACGAUUCUCGUGAUGAAUACGUACGUGAAGAUGCAUGAAAUCAUGGAGAAGAAUCAAAAUUCAGUUUCACUUUUGUACCCUUUUCCGUUUGAUUUUGAUCUGCUUGCAUUGUGUGACGAAUGAACCGGAAUGAACCAUGCAUGAUUCUUUCUUGGGGA